AUGCAGCUGCCUCCGAACCCAUACUGGCCUGAGACUCCUCGCCAGCAGGGGCCGUUCCCAAGUAUGUCAAGCUUCUGCCAACAUCUUCCUUCUGUUGGGGAAGCUCCUGGAAGUAGUAACCCAUAUUAUCCUGCACAGACGCCUACCCCUACACCCCAGAAUCCACACCUUAUGAGACAGCCACGAGCUGCCCGUACUCCACUCCCUGCCCCAGUAGCUCAGCAUGCGGUCUAUUACGGGCCACUGGAGCCGCUUUAUCCUGCAUUUUAUCCCACUGGGGUUGCCCCGGUAUCUCAGGUUGUGGGGAACGAAACUCAGGGCCAACCGGAGAGAUUUGAGCAGAUUCCUGAUCUGAAGAAGCCAUUCCACACGGUUGCUUUGAGUGAGGAGAUGCCCAUAGGAAGCCACGUACAUACCAGUCAAGCACCGCGUUGGGGAGUUAUCAAGAUUUCGAAUAUUCCAUACUCUGUUACCAAGUAUGAGAUCUCGCAGUUUGUUGGACGCCAAGCGCGCCUUAUCACUCCAGAUAAAGGAUGUUCAAUCCAUAUCAUUAUGGAGCGCUCAACUGCAAAGACCAUGGAUUGCUUUGCCGAGACUGAGACCCAUGAAGCAGCACGGGAGACUGUUAAGCGGAUCAAUAGCAUCUAUGAAUCUGGCCGAGCCCCUCGCCUUGGUCUUCGCCGUGUAGAGGUGGAACUCAGCAGUCAGGAUGCGCUGCUGAAGGAGCUUUUCCCGAAGGCCAAAUGCAUCUCUUGGGAAGACGGUAUGCCUAGCGAAAUCUCCAGCACCGAUCCGUACUCCACGGGGUUUUCCGGUUUUAUCACGAGUGAAGAGAUUGUUGGAGCGAUUCGCCAUGCCGAAAUCCCUCAUCGUUUUCCAUGGUACGCCACAAAAUUGUACACGGUUGAUGAUCGUAACCAGCUGUUUGAGAUGGCGAAUCGGCACUUGUUGUCUCUUGCAUCACGCAUAGAAAAAACGCACACCAUGGGUCUGGAUCAGAAUCUCCUGCGAGAUCUGCUCUAUGCUGGGUUGAACUGCCCGGCCUUUAAUGAACGUCAGAAAUAUACCCUGUGCGUGAACUCUGGCCUUGAAGCUGAGAUUGCUAGAUUUCCCGAAAUCAGCAAGUGGUUCCCAUUUGAUACCUUGGUCCAAUUGCCUAACUAUAACAAGGAUGCACUCUUGUAUUAUUCAAAUUUGAUCUCCAAGGGGACUAUACCCGACCACGGCAUCCCUCACCUUACCAACACAUUCCCUCAAGACAGAAAUGACCUGCGUUCUCCAUACGGUCGUGUGUGGUUUGAGUGGCCUGGAACUAUUACGAAGACGGUGCUGUGGGAAAGCGCUGUCCAGAUCGAAAUGCACAUCCUAGGUAACCUGGUCCUCACUGGUUGGGUAUCCAAAAACAACGAAACUCGUGCAGCUGCGGAGCCUUCAUCUUCAACUAGGCAGAGGGCUCGAGAGACAACUGUCCAUUCGAUUACUAGCCCAGAUGAAGGCCCAAUCCAACAGUCGUCGUCUCGACUCGAUAUUUUUGCAACUCCAUCCCGCCAUGCAGCCGAGGUUAGAGCUUCUUGCGAUCCAGAAACGGAAGCCAGUCCUUCCCGUCGUCCGUUUAAUGAUAGCGAUGAGAGCCCUUGGACCCGAAGGCUUCUCAUAUUCCCCCCUGGACCAGCUAGAGAAGGGUUCCAUUUUGGACAUAGAACCACAAAGUCCUCUCCUAGUCAGUUUCCAGGGUCCAGUGCUUAGCUUUUAGCUGCACAUUGGAAUGCAGCGUUCAAAUGUCGCUAUUUGGUCGGACCUUCAUUCUAUGGCAAUACGUUGACGAGUCUCUCGGUUUAGCUUACAUUUUCAUGUCCUCUUUAUCAGUUCACCAU